UAUCAUCAUCAAUCGGUUCAAGGCACACAUAUUAAGUUGGCAACUCCAAAUACGGUUAGCUACCUGCAAAAUUUAGGGGAAAGCAAGCAAGAUCGAACAGUACUCCUACACUCAAUCGAUCAUGCUGGUAAUGGAGGCAUCGUCGGUGUUCGCCGCCUUCGACAAGGACGGGGACGGCAAAGUGUCAGCCUCCGAGCUGUGGUGCGGCCUGGAGUCGACCCUGGGCGAGGACGUGUCGGAGGAGGAUGCGGCGGCGAUCCUCGCUACAGCGGACGCCGACGGCGACGGGCUGCUGAACCAAGAAGAGUUCUCGAGGCUAGCCGCCGGCGCCCACGAGAACGAUGACGACGUUGCCAAACGAAGGUGCUUGAUGGAGACGUUCGGGAUGUACGCAGCGUCCUCGUCCACGGAAGAUCACAUGGCGACGACAAUGAUCACGCCGGCGAGCCUGAGGCGGACGCUGAGCAGGCUGGGGUCGCACGAUCUGGGCGUGGAGGAGUGCAGGGCCAUGAUCUGCAGGUUCGAUCUCGACGGCGACGGCGCCCUCUCAUUCGACGAGUUCAGGGUCAUGAUGAUGGUAUAAUCGAUAGAGUCUCGCAUCUCAUCACAAUUUUUUCUAGAUUAAUGUUCACUUCAUCGACCGCAUAUGUACAGUACGGCUAUGCCUUCAUUGGUUCAUUCCUUCGUUCAUUGUUUCACUCUCUCACGAAGUCACGAUCGUUAUUGUGUUAUAUGGUAAGCUAGUUUGAAUGGGUUCCGUUGUCUAAA